GCCAAAAGGACACCCAGCGCAUUGGUUGUCCUUGCCACAUUUACGCAAGCAAGAACAAAUUCCAGCAGUUCGAAAUUUGCAGAUCACACGCACUGCAUUCUUACCAAAUGGCUACGGAUUGCCGAACGUACGCUGUUUUUCGUCAUUUAGACGCAGUGAAGCUCAGCACUGCGCAAUCUUUUUGAAAACACGAAGUAUAAUGCGAGCUCUAUUUUGGAGAAUCUCAAGGCUCAAGGCAUUAACAACUUAGUAGCCAGAGACUUGCACAACAUCAGGCAACAACAUUUCAAAUCAAAGGAAUUCGAGUCCAGUGAAGUUCUCAACUUUGUCAACAACUUGAAAACAAAAGGUUACAUUGUCAAGGUUAGAGCCAACUCCAACAAUGUCGUUGACAUGGUUUUUUUUUGCAGAAUCUAAGGCAAUUGUGGAAGCUCAUAGUAUGCCUGAGUGCAUUAUAAUUGAUGCCACGUAUAAGACCAACUCCCACGGGUUGACGUUGCUCAGCAUUGUUGGCACGACUAACACUACAGGAGACAUAAGAGAUGCCUUAACGACGUAUCAUACUACGGGAGUGUGGAUGGAACAUGAGAAAACUGAGAACUAUUUGUGGAUUCUGUGUUUCCUGACGCUUUGAUCGCAAACACCUCUUUGGAACUUCCAAAUGUGUUUAUUACGGAUAACGAAUCUGCUUUGCGACGGGGAAUUACAGCGGUCUUCCCUUUAUCAAAUACACUGCUGUGUUAUCCUCACCUUUUAAGAAACGUUCA